AUGUCCAUUUUGGAUCAAUCCAGGACUAUACCGCACAUACAGGGGUUGCCACCCGUCGCCCAGCCUAUGAUGCCGCCCCAUUCCAUGGACGGUGCCCCCAAUUCCGAUGUUCUACUUGCCCUUUUAGCCAGAAACAAAGCUUUAGAAGCUACAAUACCGAAAUGUGGCGGUUGCCACGAACUGAUUCUGGAUAGGUUCAUCUUAAAAGUAGCGGAUAGAACGUGGCACGCUAAAUGUCUCCAAUGCAGCGACUGUAGAAUACAACUGACUGACAAAUGCUUCGCUAGAAACGGACAGUUGUUUUGCAAAGAGGACUUUUUCAAUGGGUGCAGACGAUUCGGCACGAAGUGCGCGAGCUGCGAGCUGGGCAUACCGCCGACGCAGGUCGUCAGGCGGGCGCAGGACAACGUCUACCAUCUGCAAUGCUUCGCGUGCAUCAUGUGCGCCAGGCAGCUCAACACCGGCGACGAGUUCUACCUCAUGGAGGACAGGAAGCUGGUGUGCAAGCCCGACUACGAGGCGGCCAAGAGCAAAGCUUCGGAAUGCUUGGACGGCGACCAGCCGAACAAGAGGCCGAGGACGACGAUAACGGCGAAGCAAUUGGAAACGCUGAAAUCGGCGUACAACAACAGCCCGAAGCCGGCGAGGCACGUGCGGGAGCAGCUCAGCCAAGACACCGGGUUGGACAUGCGGGUGGUUCAAGUUUGGUUCCAGAACAGACGGGCGAAAGAGAAGCGAUUGAAAAAAGACGCCGGCAGGACGAGAUGGAGCCAAUACUUCAGAUCUAUGAAGGGCGGAUCGUCGCCCAGGCACGAUAAAUUGUUAGAUAAAGACGAGAUGAAGGUGGAUUUAGAUAGUUUUAGUCAUCACGAUCUAAGCGAUGAUAGUUAUGGAACAGUUGUAAAUAUGGGAAUGGACCAGGAAGGAUCAUCGCCUCACAGCGGCAUCGGACGACCUUCUUUCCUUCACGGGGCUGCUUCGCCGUCGUUUUUGCCAGGCCACGCGUCCCCGCACGGGCACGAACACUUCUCUUCGUAUCCAGACCAACUAUCAGUUUACGCCAGUUUAAGUCAAGGAGCGCAUACGGCCAUGUCUAUAGGCCACAACAUUCCAGGAGGUGCUGACACUGAUAUCAGCAACGAUAGCAGUCCUAGGGGCUAUCCUGAUUUUCCACCCAGCCCGGAUUCUUGGCUGGGAGAACCGUCCAGCGCACAUUACUGA